GCUUUGGGAGCCCAACUCUCAUCCUCGUUCUAUGCCAAUGGAGGCGGCUUCUGCUUCAUCGCCUUCUCCCGCAGUCUCCUCGCCCACUGCUUCAGAUCCCAAACUCCACUUCCUCAAGCAGAUAAGAAGCCAUGAGAUUGCUAUUGGAGAGCUCAGUAAUCUUCCCACCUCCAGGAAUGUGUACCAGAAAAAUGGGAAUCUCUUCUUCCGCACGACCAUCCAGAAAGCUACAGCUUCUGAACAGAAGCAACUUAAUUCGGCCAAAGCUAAGCUACAAAAGCUGAAUUCACCAUAAUAUCACCAACCAGCCAUUUCACCUCUGGAAAUAUCAUGUGGGCUACACUCUCACCAGGUGUUUAGAUGAAUGAAAAUAGAGCCAGUGUAAAUGAUUCUUAUUUUCCAGUACAACGAUUUACCAGCUUGCAGGUCUGGUGGACUUGGGUGAUCAACAGGGGAAGAGCUGAGUGUUUUAGAAUAGUUUCCAAUCCAAGGAUCAGUCUGUCUAUUGCUGUAUGGGAAGCUUUCUUGCCCUUGAUGUGGUUGUGCUUAUUUGAAUCCUGGUUGUGCAUUCUCUAAUUCUGACUGCUCAGUUGUCCUGGCAAUGUCAACAUAUACAAUGUCUUAUCAGACUUUCUUAUUAAAACGAUGGAUAUGGAUGAACAAGCAAUUUUUGAGCAAAAUCAGUUUAAUAAUUGCCCUCAAA